UAAAUCUGUGCAUCUACUACUACAAUUUUCAUACAAAAAAUAGCUUAAUUCCUCUUUCUGCUUGAAAUUAUUAUCAAAAAAUCAUGUAUAAACCCAGAAGUUUGAUUAAAAUAAGCUACUCUUUUACAUUUUGGGGUUCAAAUUAUUUGCUAAGUAAUGAUCAUGGCCGCCUUCUGAACUGUCCAUUCCUUUCAAGAACAUAUUCAAAACCCAAGAAACAGAUUCCAUUGCAAAUGAAAUCAGAACCCCACUUGGAAAAACAGUCCAUUUUUAGCUGCAAUAAAAUGAUUACGAAUUUAGGCCGUCAAGGCAAAGUUAAAGAAGCACGGCAAUUGUUCGACGAAAUGCCUCAAAGGGAUGUUGUUUCUCAUGCUUCGAUGAUUACUGUUUAUCUUAAACAUAAGGAUCUUCCUAAAGCAGAGAGAUUGUUUUAUUCCAUGCCUGAGAGGAAUGUAGUGUCUGAUUCUGCUAUGGUUCAUGCUUACGCGAAAGCUGGGAGGAUCGAUGAGGGUCGGAGAAUCUUUGAUUUGAUGCCAGAUAGAAAUGUUUAUGCGUGGACCAGUUUGAUUUCUGGGUAUUUUCAGAACCGUAGAGUGGACGAGGCUCGAAAGUUGCUUCAACAAAUGCCUGAGAAAAAUGUGGUUACGUGGACUACAGCGAUGGUGGGGUAUGCUCAAAAUGGUUUGAUUGCUGAGGCACGAUGUAUUUUCGAUCAGGUUUCUGAGAAAAAUGUCAUUGUUUGGACGGCUAUGAUCAGGGCUUAUGUUGAAAAUCAUCAAGUCGAUCAAGCUCUUGAGCUAUUUGAAAAGAUGCCAGAGCGUAAUUUGUAUUCUUGGAAUGUUAUGAUUCAAGGCUGUUUAAAUGAUAACAGGGUGGAGAAAGCUUUGGAACUGUUUAAUGCAAUGCCAUGGAGAAAUAUGGUUUCUUGGACAACUGUUGUUACUGGUCUUGCACGAAAUGAGAUGAUAGAAAUGGCAAGAGAGUACUUUGAUCAAAUGCCAAACAGGGAUCCUGCUGCAUGGAAUGCCAUGAUAACAGCUUAUGUUGACGAAGGCCUAGUGGCUAAGGCCAACGAACUUUUUGAUUCGAUGUCUAAUAAAGAUCUUGUAAGUUGGAAUGUAAUGAUUGAUGGGUAUGCUAAAAGUGGCCUCGACGGUGAAGCCUUAAAGCGUUUCAUUCUCAUGCUUCGGUCGGGCUUAAGGCCGAAUCCUACUACUCUUACCAGUGUAGUGACCUCAUGUGGGGGCAUCCUGGAAUUAAUGCAAGCUCAUGUUCUUGUUUUACUUCUAGGAUUUGACCAAAACACUUCACUUAAUAACGCUCUUGUCACGAUGUACUCCAGAUGUGGAGAUAUAAACUCAUCAUUGAUCACUUUUGAGAAUCUAAAAGUAAAGGAUGUUGUUUCGUGGACAGCAAUAAUACUGGCAUAUGCUAAUCAUGGUCUUGGCAAACAAGCAUUGCAAGCCUUCGCGCAGAUGUUAAGGUCUGGUAACAAGCCAGAUGAAAUCACUUUUGUGGGACUCUUGUCAGCUUGUAGUCAUGCUGGUCUUGUUAAGAAAGGUCAAAAGUUCUUCGAGUCAAUGAGGCAUGCCUAUGGUUUAGAACCGAGGGCAGAACAUUAUUGUUGCCUUGUUGACAUUUUAGGUCGUGGUAAGUUAGUUGAUGAAGCUAUAAGGGUGGUGCACCAGAUGCCUCCUGAGGAACGUGAUGGUGCUGUUCUAGGAGCUUUACUUGGCGCUUGUAAGUUGUAUGGAGAUGUUGGAGUAGCUAAUCAGAUCUGCAAUGAAAUAGUAGAGCUUGAACCGGGUAACUCAGGGGCUUAUGUACUAAUGGCAAACGCUUAUGCGGCUUCUGGGAGAUGGGGUGAUUUUGCUCAAGUAAGAAAGAAAAUGAAGGAGAGGAAAGUGAAAAAGGUACCCGGUUUCAGUGAAAUAGAAGUCAAUGGGAAAAAUCACAUAUUUUUUGUGGGAGAUAAGUCUCACCCUGAGAAAGUGGAAAUUUACACACUUAUUAAAGAAAAUUUAUUGCCUCUAAUGCAAGAGAAGAUGAUUUAGAUGAAUCAAAGAGAUGCAUCGAAAACCAGGGAUUGAAGAAUUUAAUUUAAACCAUUCGCUAAUGUAAGUUCUAAAGCUCAAUGCAGAAAGGUGACCAGGUCAGGCGACUAGAUUACACUCCUAUUCAAAUGUUAGUUCACUCUGACCA